GUAAAUUCUAGAUAUAUUUGGUGUUUUUAGAUUAGUAUUUUUACAUCACUUUAUCUACUCUUUAAUUACAAAAUCUAUGUCAUGUUUCAUCCACAACAAACAGUCGUGAUUUGCCGAUGGACUUUGAAGGACAUGAACAUGUAUGUUGUGUCCAAGAGUUUUAGGCUUCACGUAAUCGAACUUUUGAAUAUAAUUCUCUUAGGAUAUAUUUGCAUACUCCGUAUUAGACUUCUUGUCGUAUUAGGUUACUUAAUACAAUUUAUGAAUAAUGUUGUAAAUUCACCCAUAAAUAUUUGCUCACCUCAAUAUUUACGCUAGCUUUCCUUAUGCAUCAAAAAAAAAAAAAAAUUUACACUUUCCCAAAUUGAUUUCCAUCCUUAAUAUUUUUCACCUUUAUUAUUUAUUCUCUUCAAUAUCUACACCUUUCUACUUAACAGUCAAGUAAUCUCAAUUUAUAAACGAGUAAUUUACUAGGAUUCUUUAAAUUUAGGGCAGCAUAAACAUAUUUUCUUUCCAAUUACGCAGAGAAUUCGAUCGACGCAGAUUGAUCAUGGAAAACGAGAAGAUCUUAAUUUUCAAAGGCGUAACCCUACAUGAAUCUGAUCGAGAAAUCCUUUCAAAUCCAAGCUAUAUAAGUGACGAAAUUAUACAAUUCUACUUUCGAUACUUGAUGCACACAUAUGAAAAAGAUGACAUCCUCUUUGUAUCCCCUACAGUCUCAUUCAUGUUAGCCAAUUCCACAGAUUCCGAAGGCAUAAAACACUCUGCAGAAUCCCUCAAACUCCGCGAAAAGAAUCUCAUCUUCUUCACCGUCAACAACACCAUUAACAACGAAGAAAUCUCAACAACAACAACAGACGACAAACAAGAAGGCACACAUUGGAGUUUACUGGUUUAUUACAGACCCUUUCAUAUGUUUAUUCACCAUGACAGUAUCCGAGGAACAAACCUGUCAAAUGCAGUACAUCUCUGUAAAAUCGUCAAGGGUUUUGUAUCAGAUGAUGAUGAUGAUGAUGAUCUGGUAAUUCUAACACGACCUGCUAAAAUAAGGAAGAAAAACCGCCAAGAAUUUACAGCUGCUUUGGAUAAGGUUGAAGAUGAAGCUGUAUUAACGGAUUGGUUGUUUACUCCUCAGCAAGAGAAUUGGUAUGAUUGUGGUCUUUAUGUGAUGAAAAUUGCUGCUGUUAUUUGCGAAUGGUACGUGACAUUAUCAGAGGGUGAGAAAGAACUCAAAGAAGGAAUGGGAAUGUGGUCUGAUGUUAUGCACGACAAAGUAGAAAAAGUUUAUGUUGAGAACCAAAUGCGUGCUGAUAUACUCGAAUUUGUGGACUUGCUCAUGGAAAACGCUGAUGAAGAGGACCUUUCUUGAUCUUAUUCAGACUAGCGAGAUGUGAAAACGCUCAUGGAAAACGCUAAUUGGUGGGUGUGUAUAAAUUAAUGAGUUUACAUGUAAACAGUUAAACACUAUGUACCACGAAUGUCAGAAACCACCUUCUAAAAUAUAGAUUUUGCCAGAAACCACACGACCUUUAACCGGAUUUUAAUGGUUGACUCAAUUUUUCGUGUUGAUCACCCACGUGGAACCCACUCCCACUUCUUCUUUUGUUUUUUUGUUUUUUUUUUCUUCUACAAACUUUUAUAUAAGGCGGUUUGAUGUUAUAUAAAUUAAAUAACUUUAAUUUACGAUGUUCGCUGCCAUACUUUGACAGUUUGAUCUUUACUCCUCAAUAUGUCACCCAUGGUAUAUGUUGUGGGUCCAGCCACUUAAGUUAUGUUAAUACUUGUGCUUAUGUUUUAAGUAGAAGUCCAAUGUUCCACUUAUUAUUGUGGUCCAAAGUUGGGUUAUGUUGAAGCUUAUUUAGGAAGUUUAGGGUGAUCUCUGGCUGACUUGAGAGGCAGCAAAGGAGUGUGAGAAAAAUUAUUAGAAAACACACACAAAAGGAGAGGAAAGAAAGAGAGAAGUGGUAUUCGUAGCUUUCAGGACAGUCAUCACAAAAUUGCCAUUUACCGGAGUGUCAACGGUCGAAACGUGCUGUUUUUUGUCAGCUUGUUGGGGAUACAUAGAGCCUCAUUAAAGAAGGUGACAAGGAUGGUGGUUUUUACUCUUCACAUCGAAGGGUUUUCCACGUAUAAUUCAUGUGUUGAUUGCAUUUUGUUCUUCCGCAUUUGAUUAUUUGUUGUUGUCCAUUAUUGGUUGAUUGCUAGGUUGUUUGUUUGGUGGAUUAUUUGUGGUGCAUUGGAUUUAUAUUGUUUGGUUGAUUGUCUUGGAGGUGAUCCUGGUCCUAUUAGUAUAUUGUUAAUGAAGAGGAAGAUGAGUUAAUAAUUUGAUGGAAAAGGUAUCUUA